CUCCAAGUCGAGUCAGGAUGCCUGACUGGUUCUGCUGGUUUCGGUGGCCAGCCCUGGGAGGGGCUAGCGCUCGGGCGGGCUUUAGGGCACCAUUAUUUCUCAUCUUGACUCUUGCCACUUGCCAGCCCACAGGAUGGGGAGGUAAAGACAGGUUUGAGUCACUAGCGAGGGGGAGGGCAGGCAUUAAACGAGCGCUGCCCGUGGCGCCCUGCAGAAGCCCUGCCACCACUGGACAGAAAGGCAGCGCGCAGAAGGUGUGAGUGUGAAGAAAUGAACAUGCCCAGCUAGAAGUGCCAGCUGAAUAAUAAAUCGAAUAAGAAAAAUAAAAAGUAAUUGCCUGCCCAAAGCGGUUCCUGGCAUCAGGGACACCCUGGCCAGGCCUUAAGUCACUGGCUGAGGUGGGCCUGAAUGCCAGAGCCUCUCUUCCUCAGACCCAUGUGGAAGCCAAGGACACAGCCGCCCUGCUGAGAGCACGGCGGCCCACGCUCGGAGACGGUGACCUCUCGACGGUGGCCCUCGGUCCUCCACCUCUGGCUGGGGCGAGGGCCGCCCAUCUCCAAGUCCCCGGCCAUGACGACCUCCGCGCUGCGGCGACAGGUCAAGAACAUCGUGCACAACUACUCGGAGGCAGAGAUCAAGGUGCGCGAGGCCACCAGCAAUGACCCGUGGGGUCCGCCCAGCUCCCUCAUGUCGGAGAUCGCCGAUCUGACCUUCAACACGGUGGCCUUUGCCGAGGUCAUGGGCAUGCUGUGGCGGCGGCUCAAUGACAGCGGCAAGAACUGGCGGCACGUGUAUAAGGCGCUGACGCUGCUCGACUACCUGCUCAAGACGGGCUCCGAGCGGGUGGCCCACCAGUGCCGGGAGAACCUCUACACCAUCCAGACGCUCAAGGACUUCCAGUACAUCGACCGCGAUGGCAAGGACCAGGGCGUCAACGUGCGUGAGAAGGUCAAGCAGGUGAUGGCCCUGCUCAGGGACGAGGAGCGCCUCCGGCAGGAGCGGACCCACGCGCUCAAGACCAAGGAGCGCAUGGCGCUGGAGGGCACAGGCAUUGGCAGCGGCCAGCUGGGCUUCAGCCGCCGCCACGGGGAUGUUCGCGGUUCCCCGUCCUCCUACAACUCCUCCUCCUCAUCCCCCCGCUACACCUCUGACCUCGAGCAGGCCCGGCCACAGACAUCAGGAGAAGAGGAGCUGCAGCUGCAGCUGGCCUUGGCCAUGAGCCGCGAGGAGGCUGAGAAGCCGGUCCCCCCAGCCUCCCGCAGGGAUGAGGACCUGCAGCUGCAGCUGGCCCUGCGCCUGAGCCGGCAGGAGCAGAAGGAGGUGAGGUCCUGGCGGGGAGACGACUCCCCUGUGGCCAAUGGUGCUGGGACUGGAGUCCACCGUCAGCAAGACAGAGAGCCUGACAAAGAAGAGAGAGAGGAGGAGAAGCGGCAAACCAGCCAGUCCUCCAUCCUGGACCUGGUGGACAUCUUCGCACCAGCCCCGGCCCUGCCCUCCACACACUGCUCUGCUGACCCAUGGGACAUCCCAGGUCUCAGGCCCAAGACAGAGCCCAGUGGUUCGUCCUGGGGGCCUUCCGCAGACCCCUGGUCUCCAGUCCCCUCAGGAAGCAUCCUGUCCCAAAGUCAGCCCUGGAACUUGUCCCCUAUGCUCUCGUCCUCUGAGCCCUGGGGCCGGACCCCAGUACUGCCUGCUGGACCACCCAUCACAGACUCCUGGGCACAGAACUCCCCCCACCACAAACUCCCCAACUCAGGGGCUGACCCUUGGGGGGCCGCGGUGGAGACUUCCAGCACAUCUGGGCUAGGUGGUACCUCAAACUUUGACCCAUUUGCCAAGCCUCCAGUAUCCACAGAGACCAAGGAGGGGCCAGAGUGUGCCCAGGCUCCGCCCUCUGCGCAGCCCAGCAGUCCUGUGGAGCUGGACCUGUUUGGAGACUCCAUCCCCAGUUCCAAGCAGAAUGGCACAAAGGAGCCAGAUGCCUUUGACCUUGAUGUACUGGGGGAAGCGCUAACACAGCCCAGCAAGGACACCCCAGCUCGCCGCACUCCUGAGUCCUUCCUGGGCCCCUCGGCCUCCUCUUUGGUCAACCUUGACUCAUUAGUCAAGGCACCCCAGGCUGCAAAGACCCGGAACCCCUUCCUAACAGGUCUCAGCGCUCCAUCCCCCACCAACCCCUUCGGCGGGGGCGAGCAGGGCAGGCCCACCCUGAACCAGAUGCGCGCCGGAUCGCCAGCGCUCGGCCUGGCGGCCAGCGGGCCGGUGGGGACGCCCUUCGGUUCUAUGACCUACAGCGCCUCCCUGCCUCUCCCGCUCAGCAGCGUGCCGGCCGGCGUGACCCUCCCCGCCUCGGUCAGCGUCUUCCCCCAAGCCCGCGCCUUCACGCCGCCGCCCCCUGGGAGCCUGCCUCAGCCGCUGCUGCCCACUUCUGGAUCGGCCGGGCCACUCAACCCGCUCCAGCAGGCGGGCACCAACCCGUUCCUCUGAGCAAGGCCCGGGCUGCCUGCUGCCCAGCGCGUGCGCGCGAGGCCCAGGCCCCCUUCUCCACGUGCUGACAGUGCUGACAGCUCUG